CUACCUCUCACUGAGCUUGGAAUUUUCUUUUCUUUUUUUCUCUUCUUUUUCUUUUUGCGAAUACGGCCGCAAUGUCUAUCUCAGUUCUCGACUCCCGAAUCUUUCGGAACCUUUUUGGCACCGAAGAGGUCCGUGAAAUCUUCACGGACGAAGCGUAUGCAAAGUUUCUUGUACAAACUGAAGCCGCCCUGGCUCGAGCAGAGUCCAAAGUCAAUGCUAUUCCAGCAGAAGUUGGCGAUGCGAUUACCGCAGUUCUUGGUAAUAUCGAACUAGAGCUCUCGCGAGAAACCGAAAUUGUCGGAUAUCCUGUUCUACCGUUGGUGAUGCAGUUGGUGGAGAACACUCCUGAAGACCUGUCGAAAUACAUCCAUUGGGGUGCCACCACGCAAGAUGUCAUGGACAACGCCAGUAUGCUGCAGAUCAAAAGAGGCUUGGAUUUGGUGAAACGAGAUCUGAACAAAUUAAUUGAUAUUUUACAAGUCUUGGCUGAAACGUACCGCGAUACUCCAAUGGCCGGCCGUACGCACUUGCAGCAUGCCCUACCUUGCACAUUCGGUUACAAGUGUGCCGUUUACCUCUCCAGCAUUCUGAGACACAGAGACCGACUUUGCGAAAUCGAACGCCGAUGCCUCCUGGUACAGUUUGGUGGUGCAGCGGGUACUCUGGCUUCUUUGGGUAGUGACAGGACCGGGAUUCUUGUGCGAGCACAGUUAGCCAAGGAGCUUGAACUGGAAGACCCAAUGAUCACAUGGCAUGUCGCUCGUGACAAUAUUGCAGAGGUCCUCAAUUUUCUGGCGCUGAUAGGCGGCACCCUGGGCAAGAUUGGUUUAGACAUCAUUGUUAUGUCGUCCAAUGAGCUAGAUGAGGUGGCAGAGCCUUUCGUGCCUCAUCGCGGUGCCUCCUCAACCAUGCCGCAGAAGCGUAAUCCCAUCUCCAGCGAGAUCAUUCUCGCUGCUAGCAAGCUUCUCCGAGCCAAUGCAUCCUUGGGGUUGGACGCGAUGGUCGUUGACUUUGAACGGCUGUGUGUGAAAGAAGACUCCAUGGAGAGGAACCUCCAUUCCACAAGGGGUUUGAUUGUCGGGGAGGCUGUAAUGAUGGGGCUGGCUCCAUUCGUUGGUCGACAACGAGCACACGACGUGGUCUAUGAGGCCUGCAAGUCAGCCAUUGAGCACGAUCGAGUCUUGUUAGAUGUGCUGAAGGAGAAUAUGGAGGUAUCAGUGCAUUUGAAUGAAGCCCAACUGACCCAAUUGUGUGAUCCAUUGAAUUAUCUUGGCUCCGGUCAGCUGAUGGUUGAUGACGUUUUGAAAAGAGUCGCAGAGAGGAAAGCGGGACUGAAAGCAAUUUUAUAUGUUGUAAACAAUAUAAAAGACCUUCUUCUGGUUGUUUGUCCUGCCUUCAUUCUAUUCGGAUACAAUCAAUCCAACCUGGGUGGAUUAGUUUCGGUGACGGAUUUCACGAAUCACUUCCCUCGGAUCGACACCGUGCACACGGAAGGAAAACAGAAGAGUGCAAAUGCUACGAUACAAGGUGUUGUAGUGGCGACAUUUACAUUGGGAGCAAUGAUGGGAUGCCUUUCCUGUUCAUAUACCAGCGACAGGUUUGGACGUCGUAUCGUAAUAUUUGCAGGGGCCAUCCUCACCUUAGUUGGGGAGGUCCUCGAAGCAUCUUCGUUCCAACUGGCUCAGCUCAUCAUCGGGCGAGUGAUCUUGGGUGCUGGCGUGGGGAUGUUGAGUGGUACAGUGCCUACGUGGCAGAGCGAAUGCUCUAGCUCCUCGAACCGCGGAAAGCACGUCGUUCUGGAUGGGCUUUUCAUCUCAAUCGGAUAUGUCCUGCAGGCUUGGAUCAACUUAGGAUUUUACCAAAUCAAAACGGGUUCGGCAUCUUGGCGGCCACCGAUUGCCAUCCCCAUCUUCUUUUCGCUCAUCUUAAGCCUGGUUAUUUUGGCAAUGCCAGAGUCCCCACGAUGGCUGUCUCAACAAGGCCGCAUGCAGGAAGCACGAAACACCCUUGCUGCGCUGAAGGGGUUGCCCGAAGAUGACACGAGCAUAAUUGAUGAAUUAUCCUCAAUCGAACGCUCGUUGGAACAGUCCGGCCGCACCACCGCAUCGCUUGGUGAUAUGCUUAAGAUGGGACAGGACCGACUUCUCUACCGGUUUUGCUUGUGUAUCUUGUUGCAGUUCUUUCAACAAAUGUCUGGAGGGAACCUGAUAUCCGUCUAUUCAACGGUCAUCUUCCAGGAUGGUCUUCACAUGGACUCCGAGACAUCUCGAAUCCUAUCAGGAGGUACUUUGACCUGGAAGCUUCUCUCCUGCUUUGUGGGCUUCUUUGCCAUCGAUCGACUUGGGCGACGCUUUGUGCUCAUGGUGAGUGGUACAGGAAUGGCGACUUGCAUGAUGGGGCUCGCCAUCGCGACCUCCUUUCCACAUUCGAACUUUGGCGCACAGGUCGCCAGUGUCCUCUUCGUUUUCCUCUUCAAUUUCUUCAUUCCAAUUGGCUUCUUGGGUGCCAAUUUCCUUUACUGUACUGAGGUUGCGCCGACGAAGCUGAGAGUAGCCAUGUCGAGUAUUUCGACUGCUAAUCAUUGGCUGUGGAACUUCGCCGUCACGAUGAUUACCCCCGUGGCAAUCAACACGAUCGGGUAUCAGUACUACAUUGUGUUUACCUGUAUUGGAUUCUGUAUCCCUAUCUCCGUCUACUUCUUUUAUCCUGAGACCAUGGGCCGAUCGCUCGAAGAAAUUGAUCUGAUUUUUCGGAACAGCCCGUCGGUCUUUUCGACAGUUCGGUAUGCGAGGGAAAAUCCUCACCUGGCAGUCGAGCAAGACUUGGCACAAGAGAAAGGGGAGAUCAGUCACGAAGAGAAAGUGUAA